UAGCAUUUUGCUUUUUCCGUCAGUCGAUUGUCAACAAUCAGUACGAUCAGACUCAUUAGGUUAAUUUUUAAAAGUAACUAAUUUUGUUUUUUAUAAAGUACAACAAAUUUUAAAUUAUAUUGUAAAAUGACAACCUUCAAACAAGUUCCUCUAACAUGUGGUGGCCAUACUAGACCGGUAGUGCACUUGGACUUUAGUGACGUUACAAAGGAUGGAUACUUUUUGAUUUCGGCCUGCAAAGAUGGAAAACCCAUGUUGCGACAAGGCGAGACAGGAGACUGGAUUGGAACUUUUGAAGGUCACAAAGGUGCAGUCUGGGGCGUAGCUUUAACACAAAAUGCAAACUUAGCUGCUAGUGGGGCAGCAGAUUUCACAGCAAAAUUAUGGGAUGCGCGAUUUGGUGAAGUGGUACAUACUUUCGACCAUGAACACAUAGUAAAGAGCGUCAACUUCAACUCUGAUGACACGUUGCUGCUUACUGCUAGCAACGAGAAAAUUAUACGAGUUUUUGAUUUAAACAAAACGGACGCGGGACCCAUCGACAAAUUCACCGCGCACACGAACAGCAUACGCCACGCUGUGUUCCUGCACAACUCGCGCAUCGUCAGCGUCAGCGACGACCUCACUAUGCGCGUCUGGGAUCGCUCCAGUGGGCAGGAAGUCCAAAAAGUCGAAUUCCCAACGGUCCCAAAUAGUUUAGAACUGUCCAGAGAUGGAGCAGUAUUGACUGUAGCCCAUGGUACAAACGUAUCGUUCUACUCGUCGGACACGAUGCGCAAGAUGCGCGAGUUCCCCGUGCCCACCAAGUGCUACAGCGCGUCGCUGUCGCCCUCGCGCGCCUCCUUCGUGUGCGGCGGCGACGACCUCAAGGUCUACAAGUUCGACUACAACACCGGCACCGAGCUCGAAUCGAAUAAAGGUCACUUUGGGCCUGUGCACUGCGUCCGAUGGUCGCCCGACGGCGAACUCUACGCAACCGGAUCAGAAGACGGGACCGUGAGACUUUGGCAGGCGGUGCCAGGCCGCGUAUAUGGGCUGUGGCGACGCAGCAACGAACACCAGCCCAUCGCCAACGGAUUCAAGGAGGUGGCCGCUAACUGACCCGCUCGUGACCUACCCAGUGAUGAGGAGUAGAUAAUGUGCAAUCAAAAUCGAUCGCUUGGUGGUGAUACCACGAAUCGUCGUGAAGAUAGCAGUCACCAAGUCGUUUGAUGCGUAUACAACACGUUAUGUGCGGACGAAUAAAUAUCGAGACUUUUUACAUUAUAUGUCCAGUGUUUGUGUUGUUUAUUUUUUACUGAAACACUUUUUUUUAUACUCAAAACGAAAUAAUAAUAAUUAAAUGUAAUGUAUUUAUUGUAAAAAGAAACUGAAUAGACUUGAUAAUUUUAUGGAACAAAAUAAAUUUGUAAAUAUGGA